GCUGCCUGCUGCUCAGUUUACAUGCUGAAUUCACCUACAGCAGCAGCAGAUUAGCACAGUAGCAAGCAUUUGUGCUGUUGCUACUGUCACAGGCAGUUGCAUUCAUUGACUUGCGGGGGCUGAAGCACUGAGCAAGAAGUUAGAACACAUUGCAAAUACAAGAGGAUAUGCGACAGGAAUUCUGGAGGUUACAUCAGUGAGACUGAAUAUGGAAACAGACAAAUAAAAAGCCAAGCAAGCUGGGGAUUUAUAAUGCAGGCAGCAUUUCCAGGUUUCUUUUCCACUUUGCUCUCAUCCUGCUAUUGGAUUUGAGAUCAUGUCUGUUAAUAUUGUAGCCUUUGGAAAUGAAAGAGAUGGAUUUUCUGAAGACAAUCAGCAGUCAAGUCUGAUCUGGAGCUAUCUAGGGAGAAGUGCUCUCAUUUCAGAGACUGAAAGUGGUCUGUUGCUGAAUUCUGCCAAUCACAUUAGAAAUCCUGUUUUUACUGAAUAUCAAGCCUGCGUGUUUGGAAAUGUCAGAUUGGUGGUACAUGACUGUCCUCUUUGGGAUAUAUUUGACAGUGACUGGUAUACUUCUCGCAGUCUCAUUGGAGGAGCUGAUAUUAUUGUGAUUAAAUACUCUGUCAAUGACAAGACUUCAUUUCAAGAAUUAAAGGACAGUUAUGUCCCAAUGAUAAAAAAAGCGUUAAACCACUGUUCAGUUCCAGUAAUAAUUUCUGCUAUUGGUGCAAGAAAAAAUGUGCCUUGUACCUGCCCACUGUGCACUUCAGACAGAAGGAGCUGUGUUACUUCUUCUGAAGGAGUUCAGCUUGCUAAAGAACUAGGAGCUACGUAUCUUGAAUUGCACACUCUUAAUGACUUUUAUAUACAAAAAUACUUUGGAGGAGUGCUGGAAUAUUUUAUGAUCCAAAGUUUGAAUCGGAAGUCAUCUGAAAAAAUGAAGAAAAGAAGAAAGACCCAGAAGUACCAUCGAGUUAAACCCCCUCAGCUUGAACAACCAGAAAAAAUGCCAAUCUUAAGAGGUGAAGCCUCACAUUAUGACUCUGAUUUACACAAGUUGCUGUCCUGCUGCCAGUGUGUGGAUGUGAUAUUUUACUCAGAAGACUUAAAGAAAGUAGUAGAAGCUCACAAGAUCAUUUUGUGCUCUGUAAGCCAUGUCUUCAUGUUACUUUUCAAAGUGAAGAGUCCAGCUGAUAUUCAUGAUUCUGCUAUCAUACGGACUGCGCAAAGUCUCUUUGCAGUGAACAGUGAAGCUGUGUUUCCGUUUCCUAGCAGUGGCUCAUCAUGCGACCCACCAGUAAGAGUCAUUGUUAAAGACUCCAUCUUCUGUUCUUGUUUGUCAGACAUUCUACACUUCAUUUAUUCAGGUGCUUUCCAGUGGGAACGGUUAGAAGAAGAUAUAAAGAAGAAGCUAAAGGAUCCUGAAAAAAUUGAACAUGUACUUGAGAAAGUUAAAUGUAUCCUGAAAACUCCAGGGAAGCUCAACAAUUUAAAGGACUGCAGAUCUCACCAGAUAAAACGAAUGUGUAAUACUUCUCUCAGGCUUUUCUUUAAUACAUCUGUGCUAGCUGAUGUCAUCUUCAAAAUACAAGGUACAACUGUACCAGCCCACAGAGCAGUUCUGGUGGCUCGCUGUGAGGUAAUGGCAGCUAUGUUUAAUGGUAACUAUCUAGAAGCAAAUAAUAUUUUGGUUCCAGUGUAUGGGGUUUCCAAAGACACUUUCCUCUCCUUUCUGGAGUAUCUCUAUACCGACUCCUGUUGUCCAGCUAGUAUUCUCCAAGCUAUGUCUCUCUUGAUUUGUGCUGAGAUGUACCAAGUAACGAGACUCCAACAUAUUUGUGAGCUUUAUAUUAUCACACAGCUUCAGAGUAUGCCUAGCAGAGAAUUGGCCUCAACAAGACUCAGUAUUGUUAGCUUGCUCAGAAAAGCUAAGUUUCACAAUUCUGAUUGCCUUUCGACUUGGCUUCUUCAUUUUAUUGCCACUAACUACCUCAUCUUCAGUCAAAAGCCAGAAUUUCAAGAUCUCUCAGCGGAUGAACGCAAUUUUGUAGAGAUGCACAGAUGGCCCUCCGAUAUGUACCUGAAGCAGCUUGCUGAUUACAGGAAUUAUAUCCAUUCUCAGAAAUGCUAUUGCACAGUAAUGUGAGAAGACUGAACAUACUCAAAAGUAUAUCUCAACUGGGAACUUUCAGAUUGAGAAUUAUCUAAAGUAUAAAAAUCAUAUCAAGAGCAAAAAUACUGAACACUGUAUGCUAUGCUGUAGUGCACUUACUAAUAUUCUUUGCUUUGAUAAUAAACCACUCUUUUCUUAGAAGGGUGAAAAAUGUAUCAUGAGGAUUUAUUUCAAACAUGAGGAUUUUACACCGAUUAGGAUUAAACCCAGUAUGGGAUUGUGGCAUAAUUGCUACCUAUUUCCCCUUUCAGUUUCUUUAUUGCUUAUUUUAUUGGCCUUUAUGGUUAUUUUCAGCUGCUAAUAGGUUGAAAACAGAUGUUUUUGUAAAUCUUGUGUUUGGCCACAGUAGUAGUUCAGGAGAGUUGGGUAGAUAACUCAUGAGCUCUUUGAAUAUUUCAGAAUGCAAGCAUUUACCACAACCUGCAUUGACUUGCAAAAUUAAGGGUGUGCUUAAUAAACAUUUGAGUAACUGUUCAUUUUCUACUUCAAGUGAAGCUUGUAGUUCUCAUUAACAGGACUUUUAUAGUUACACGAGCAGAGAUUCUUAAUUCCAGCAGAAUGCAUAUAUGGCAUCAUCGCUAUGCUGUUCAGUACUUCCCAUAUCUGUUCGGUACUGGUAGAGAUAGGGAGGCAAAAGGAAGGGGGUCCACAGUCAUUCUUAUGUUUUGUGGGAGAAAACUCCCUGGCACUAGUGGCUUUCUUCAGAAAAAUUUUGUCUCAUAAAAAGAAGUUUCCUCUAGUAGCUGAUAUCAUUAAAGUUUCAAAUAGAUGUGGUCAUGGAGGGAGGUGACCUUUCAGAUAGGCAUGCCAGUCCUAUGAAGAACUUCAGCUAUUAUAACAUGACAUUUAGCUUGACUCUGUUUGGUGGGAAGUCAGUAUAAAAUGGAUGAUCAUAAAGUGUUCAUAAGCUACUACAUAUUAUGCAAAUCUGAUUAUAUUUUUCUGAAUGUGUGUAUUUUUUCGGUUAUAAGUGAUAAAUCUUGAAUAUUAUGAAUAGGCUGAUCCUUGUAGCAGCUAUUGACAGUAUUCUUUAGGUCACAGGUCUAAGUCAUUCAUUUAACUAGCCAUUACAUUAUAUGUAUUUAAUAAUACUGAUGAGGACAAAAUGAACCCAACCUGCACGUUAGGGUGUCUAUCUAAGGACAAAUACUUGCUGUAAUUGAUACUUGCCUUCACUAUAAGUCUUACUGUACUUUUAUUUCAACUCUGUUUUGUCAACUGCCUUUAAUUUCAUUUAUGUAGUCUCUGAGCCUAGAAAGACACACAAAAAUACUGAAAGAAUUACUUAAUGUUUCUCCAACAACCACAGCAGACCAUUUCAAAAGUACCUGGGAACUAUAGUUGUGAGGUGAAGAUGAAACUGCAAAUUGCUGGAACUGAAUCUUUUUUGCAUAUAAAAAUUGUUUCUAUAUUUCAAUAAAAUUUCAUAGGUCAAUUGUUCUUUUCAAAUUCCUCACUAGAAUCAUAGGGAUUUUCUGGUGAUAUUUUGCAGAGAUCAGGAUGGUAUUUCCUUUCCUAUUUUGGGACCAAAAAAGAGAUUAUGACUCAACUGAACUGUUGCAGGUUCAAAAUUCUAAGGUUAGUUUUGUAUAAGAAUAAUGAUAAUUGAAAUCAAUUUUCAUUUCUGACUUGUCGUCUGGAGGUCAUAAAGUUCUUUAAAAUAUGAGACAGUUAUCUGUAUCUCACAUACAAGGAGACUUAAAUGUAGAGCAUUAAGUAGAAAAGUAAUAUAUAUAGAAACUAAAUGUAGAAAGUUAUUUUCUAAGACUACGAUAUUUAUUACAGUAGAAAUUAAAAAUUCUAAACAUAAAUUAACUGGAUAGAUAAGAAUAAAACUUAAAGUUUUUUGAAGCAUAAGACCAUGGACAAAAGUGAGUACAGAGCUGGAACCGUAACUUGUAUGGAUGCCUGACAGCAUGCUUGAUCACAAGCUAUGCUGCUAUCAGUAGGCAGCUCAGUUAUUUUAAGUUAUAGUUUAUAUGCCUCAUACAAACUUUUAGUACAAAAAUGAUUACAAAAGUUAUGUAUGAAUGUUUGCCUGUAUUGCAUGUAGUCCUAAAUUUUUAGUAUUUUGAAAACUUCACCCAAUAUGUGGUAGGUGUUUUACUAGAAAUUAGUCUGUUGCCAGUAAUUUAGGUGUAGAUAAGAUACAAAACAAAAUAGUAUUUUUAACUUUGCAUAAAUGUUUUUUGAGCAUUUAAGAAUAGGCUUAAUGAAUAUCAACACUUUGUAUCUGAGCAGCGGAAGUAUUUUGAUAUUAUAUAUUUCAGUCAGUUGUAAUCACAGGUUUUAUACAGAGAAGGCAGGCAAUGUAAAAAUAUUUAUUAUUUAACUUAAUAUUCAGACAUUGAAAUAGCUUUCCAUUUUACCAGGUAUCCUCAUAGUGCCACCUGUAUCAGGCACAAAUAUGAUACUCUUGCAAACAUAGAAUGUAUGUGAUAAAUUUAUGAAAAAAGUUUUCUCCAUUCUUAUUUUAUAUGAUGUUUUUCUGUAGAAAUGUAUUUAUCGUAACCCAUUUUUAAAAUGGAUACUUUAGCAUUCAAAAACAUAACUGAAAGUAUAUCAUAAUGCUUGGUUAGUUACUAUUGAUAAAUUUUGUUAACAAACUAUCUUAUUAACCUUUCGGAACCUACAGAUCAUGGAUGUUCAGGAGUUAGAGCAUUAUUGAGUUUGGUAUUUGUGACAAAUUUUGUAUGCGUAAUACGUUAGGACCUUUGCUAGGCUAUAAAGUAAAAAGUAGGAAGUAGCUGAAAAAAUUACUCAAACAAGUAACUUUUCUUCAAAGUAAAAUGUGUGAAGAGGAAAACUUACACAUUAGUUCAGGAAACUGUUAAUAACCUCUGCUUCUCUUUAAAAUAAGAUUUCAAUGUUUUGAAAGACAGUUUAAUAUAUAAUCCAGGGAUUUAGUUUUCUAGUUUCAUAACUGCCAAAAGAGCUUUUUGUUGUGCAAGAAUUAGGAUUUGCCUGACCUCAAAGUAGAAUCCAGAAAAUUGAUGACCUUCUUAAUUUAAUGGGGCUCAAACUUGCAUUUCUUAUAUCCAAGUAUGGUACCCUGACUGUUAAGUGAUCAGUUAAUUGCUCUUCAACCUUUCUUUCCAGAUGUGCCAUUUACACAGGAAAAAGCAGUGAAGGGAGCAUGAUUCUGGAACCUUUUGGGCCAAUCAGAGGGAGAUUCUUUCUUCUCCGCAAUUUAAUAUAUUUGACUGAAUAUCUGUUGAGCCUUACUGGCAGGAACAGUCCUAAGAACAGGUCAUGGAAAAAGGCUCUUUUGUUUCUGAGGAAAGGAUUCCUUUGAAUCAUGCUUGUUCUUCAGUGCUAUCUCCCUUUCUGACUACAGGUUUCUUUCCAGGCUUCUCAACCCAGUGGCUGGGUUGAAUUUUCAGAUCCCAUGGCUGUAAUCACAUCCACUUUUCCUCCUGUAAACCAUGCCUUGUUUUCAUAUUAAGGCCCAUUCCCCUCUGUACUGGGCACGCUCAGAGUCAGCUUACCAUAUACAGCCCUAGAGAUGCCCCUGCUUCCCCAAUUCCAAGCUACUGAGGCUUGCAGUUCUGAAUACCUCUGGAAGCAGAACUCCUAGAGCAUGGGGAACUUCAAGGUCAAGGUGAUGAAUUUGGGUGUUAUCAGGCAGUAGCUAAGCAGCCUUUAGUUUUGGGUUAUAAUUUUAGACAAACAUUUAAGUGUAAUUUAGACUUCCAAGUACUUUAUUAGAUCUAAGUCUCAAAAUCUACUUUUAUAGGAUAAUUAAAGAUAUUUUGUCACAGAUUGCACCAUAUCAUUUUUGCUGUAUUUGAUGCAUGUUAAUGCUUGUCCCAAGCUAGCACAGAGCUUUAUAUUGAAGGGCUAACAUAUCCAGCUUUCUGCAUUAAUGAAGUUUCCUACAUGGUAGUUACUGAUUCUCUGCUUUAGUCCUUUAGUCUUGAUAUAUUUGAUGUGAAAAAACAUUAGAGGGAAGAAACAGUAAUUUUAUUAGGGGUGUGUUGAAACUCAGCCUUUCACAUGUUUGUAUUUUAAUACCGUCUGACAAAAAUUUAUAUGUUUUUAGA